GAAAAAACCCCAAAAGUACUCCCGUGUUUUUUGGGUACCAUUCAGUCUUGGGGCUUCAACUAUUUCCAUUGAUCAAGCCGCACCGCCCCAACAAGUAAUGUAAAGGAAGAAAUCAACCCAGGCAAUGAUGGCAGCGGUGGCUGAUGGUAUGGCGGCGGCGGCGCAGUUUUUGGCCAUGCAGAACCCGCCACAGCCGCAACAGGCGCCACCUGUACAGGCCAUACAGGAGGACCAGCAGGCUACUCCUCCGACGCCACCACCAGCGCCGCAACAGGAGCCUGUGGCGCCAACACCACCUCCACCUCCGGAAGGCAAAUGGACGUGGAGUCCAGCGCCGGCGCAGGAGCAUGUGGCGCCAACACCACCUCCACCUCCGGAAGGCAAAUGGACGUGGAGUCCAGCGCCGGCGCAGGAGCAUGUGGCGCCAACACCACAUCCACCUCCGGAAGGCAAAUGGAUGUGGAGUCCAGCGCCACAGAUGCCGCCACCACCACCACUUCAGGCGCCACCGCCAAAAGAGGUGGUGUUUGAGAAGGUGUUGGUGGAGCCGGAGGCCCAGGCUGCCAUCCCCCGUUGGCCCCCAUAACUGUGCCGCCGCGGCCAUCAGCAGGACGUAGGCGUCCUGUCGCUCCUCGGGAGCGGCCAGGGCGCCCAUAUCCAGCACUGGGAACGCCCCGUCUUCCGUUGCCUAACAAUGAUAUCGAAGUGUCUCAGUGGCCACAGCUCCCCACAAGGGAACUGCAGAGGCACUUCGAUGGCGAUGGAAGGCAAUGGACGACGGUGCCUUUCCAGUACUGGAUGUGCUGGCAGAAAUGCGGUCAUCCGUUUAGAGCCAGGCGCCACACCUGCUUGGCCUCGUCCCUGACGUAUUCUUGCCCCUACAGUUCCACUGUGAAGAACCCUAGUGGGCACAGGGCAAAGUGCGAAGGGGACGGGGUCACGGUUUACUUGCCGGAUGGCCCACAUGCCACCCUGCGGCGACAUUGGGCGGGCAUAAACAACGGGGAGGUGCAGCAGCCUUCGAGGGAGUCGUCAAUGUCCCCCACGGCGCGGGAACUAAGCGAAGGGAUUAAUGCCUUGCUAUCCUUCCCUGAACGUAAGUAAAUGACAUUGGAGGCUCCCGAGCGGCCACGCCGGACUGAUUGCGGAUGCAGGUAAUGUUUAAAUCAUAGUUGGAGCUGCUUAAAUAUUAAAGCAUUUAAUAUUAUUUUAAAAGUAAAUACUAAUACAUUUUCUUUACCCUGCGGCAACACUGGGCGGAGCUGAACAAAGGGGUGAUGCAGCCGCCUGCUUCCAGGGAGUCCUCGAUGUCCCCCCAGUCGCGGGAGGUCAGUGGGGGAUCAAUUUAUUGCAAAUCCUAGUGUCUAGCUUGCUGGACAAAAUAGUUCAGCAAGUCUAGGGCGUUUGAAUCCAACUUUAUGUUUAUGAAUUAA